AGAACUUUUUGAGUAUGGUCACGCUUGAAUUCACCUGAAAGACUAAAAAUGUAUCAUAGAUUAAGUCAUCUCAGAAUUCGACCAGUUAGCAGUUGUAAAGAUACUAUAUGAAGGACUGAACGAAAAUGAAAUUUUUGUGUUUUUCUGUAGUUUUCGUUGGACUGGUGCACACUCUGAAGGCAGCUACUGAUCCAGCCAGUACUCUAAAUAAUUUGAUCAGUGGAGCCACAACCAAUACAAAUUGUGAAGUACAAAUAGCUACCUGCGUAACCAACUUUCUUGCAUCAACUGCCACUGGUGCAACUGCAGAUGCUGCUGUCAAAUGUGUUGAUGUUGUGGACUGCUACUUAUCAGAUUCACUAACUUCACUAAAAACUCAAGUCCUUGAUGUUUUGAGGGGCAUUGUCCAAAGUUUUGCAGGAGGUAGCCCCAGUGGUGUGAGUAUAGCAACUGUAAACACCGUCUCCUACUCAGCCUUGUUUGGUUGUCUUGCAAUCAACUUGAUUUUCCUGAAAAAGUUCAUGGCGUCAAGAUGUCUACUGUGAACUACAUCUGAAAUUCUCGUACAUAUUAUGUUACUAUUAACAUGUUACUAUUUACUUAAGUUAUUUCCUAGACCAAUAAAACUUGGUCGCCUUUUGUAUAUUUCCGAUGUAUCUGUUGUUGAGUCUUAAAAUAGACCCCCCUAUUAUUAACAAUCAAUAUCUGUUUAAUAAAAAAAACAACAACAACCUAUUUGACCUAAUUCUGGAAUAAAAAGGGUAGUUAAGGGAUUUAGGCAGUAACAAAAAUAUUGAGAUCUAGUUGGUAGAUUUUAAAUGUAUUUUAGUUUGUCUUGCUAUCACUUCUGAAGUCCGAGAUGCUGAAAGGCUAAUGAGAAAAAGUUGAAAUGAAAACAGUUGUAACAUCAAAUAAUGUAUUUUUUGUUUGUUUGCUACAUCAUAACAUUACUUGUGAUUUAGACAGCAACAAUAAUAAUACUAAUAAGGAAAUUUGUUUAACACUUGUGCAUUAGUGCAUUACAUUAUUAUAUGUAUACGCUAACACACACAUUCUAGGUUUGUCUCAGUGUGUUGAUCAGGCCUUGCUUGUACUGUACUAGCUUGUAUUGCUGAAGGACUAGACAAGUAGCAACUAGUGUAAAAACGUUCUUUGUUAAAAAUAAACUUCUCAUUUCUAGAUGAUGUGCUAUCGUUUUUGAAGAUUAUAAAACAAAAAUAUUUUGUCUAUGUGCAACUUUUGAUACAUAAAGUUUAUAAUGAGAAAUACGAGUAUUUACUUAUAUGUAAUGAUGUAGGCCAACUUUUCAUUGAAACGUAAUUCUCAGUGAUCAAUUUACACUCAUGUCUUCAUUUUUUUUUUCUUUAGAAAUUAAAAGAGUUUUCCUAUUUGAAGUACCUGCUAUGUUUGUGGUGAACAAAUCAGAGUAAUUAGCAUUCUGGUGUUAAAUAUUGAAUUGUCAAUGGUAAAAGUGGUAAAUAAAUGUAUGCAUUAGCUUGUGA